AGUAUGGAUAGAGCAGGCUGUGCAGGCACAAGUUACCGAGAUGAUGCUGGCCCUGAAUGUCCAUCUGCUCUUGUGGGUAUUUGGCUGCGUUCAUUUUAUAGAUGCUGAGACCAUAACUGCAUCUCUCACUAGAGGAGGCCCAGCAGAUACUACAGCCACGCCACGAAUCACAGCCAGCGUCACAGCAGGUAUCGUUUCCUCACCAUCGCCAGUCCCUGCAGGCCAGAACCACAGCUCAGGCGCUUCAAAACAAGUGACCUCCACAACCAUCGCCUCUGCCUGGAGCACAGGAUCUUCCCUCUCAGACCCUGUCCCGACGGAGGAAAAAUCGGCUCUGACGAUGGCAGCGUUUGGUGUCAUCAGCUUCAUAGUCAUUCUGGUAGUUGUUGUUAUCGUCCUGGCCAGCGUGGUCAGUCUGAAAUUCAAGUGUAACCGUUCCAAAGAUGCAGAAGAUAAACAGAAGCCGGGGAGCUCCGUGGUAUCUGAAAGCAGUUGCUCUCCUGCUACAGCCAAGGACAGCAUCACUCUGAUCUCCAUGAAGAACUUAAGCAUGAACAACAGUACAAGUUACCCCUCUUCGGAAAAGGUGUUAUGAAGACAGUGACAUGACAGGAGCCAUGAGGAAACACUACUAGCUAAUCAGCACUGACUUUCUAUUUUGGCAGGGGGAGGCAUUUCCUUUAUAAGUUAUUACAUCCUUUCCAAUCAAUAUAUUUACUCUAAAAUCAAGCUCAGUAACCCCAUGUGGGUCAUAAGAGUUUUCUCCAGCUGGAGGCUGCCUCUCAUAAUGUUUGAUGUUCUAACUAUAUUUCUGAUAGACACACAAACUUUCAGUGUGUUCUAGCAGCUCCUAGGGGGAGGAGAGCCAAACCUACAACUUCACAGAUGACACAGACCACUCCCUUAAUGACCCUUUGGCAUCUGUGCCAGACAAUCACUGGCUUGCCCCACAGCUGAUCACAAACAUCCCAGUUCAGCUUUGCACUGAAAGGCAUGAUCCAAAGCCCAUUGAAACAAACAAAAAGACUCCCAUUAACUUCAGCAGGCAUGGAUCAGGCCUGAAGUCAAUAGGACUUCAGCAAACGCUUAAGUGCUUUGCUGAAUUGAGGCAUAAUUGCUGAUAGUCCCUCUCCGUGCCUCAGUUUUCCUAUCUAAAGCAGGAAUGAUAUUUACCUACCUCCCAAGGGUGUUGUGAGGCUACAUUAAUUCAUGCCUGGAAAGCAGUUGGAGGUCCAUGAAUGAAAGCUGCUGGAGAAGUGCAAAGUAUUUUAAUUAUGAUUUCUAUGAAUUAAACUUCAGCCAGUCAGACAUGUUCCUAUGACUACAGUAUGCUCCCUGCAGGGAAUAUCCAUAACCCUUCCUUGAUGGCAAAUGUGGCCUCUGAGUAUAUGAUGCUUCCAACAGGUCUGUGCUCUGAUCCCUUCUGAAUGGGGACAGCAACAUCUGUCAGAUGAAAUGAUUCAAUUACUUGGAAUAACAGAAGUAAAAUCACUUUAACAGAA